AUGUCCAUGGACUGGCGUGGAGGUGAAAGGCUACUUAUAGGCUUGUUUGUGAUGCUUAUCCUGAGGCUCAGCUGCUGUGCUGGACAGAGCUAUGAACGCUGGGAGGCCGGGUCCUCAUGCUAUGGAGGGUUUGACCUCUACUUUGUGCUGGACAACUAUGUGGACGCAUAUGGAACCAUUUACCAUAAAAACAGUAACUAUGAGGACAACAACCCACCUCCAGAUAACACAAAGAGCUUGGCUGAUCGCUCACGUCAGCUGGGAGCUUCUGUGUACUGUGUUGGAGUGAAGGACUUUAAUGAAACCCAGCUGGCAACAAUAGCUGACAGCAAAGAUCACGUCUUUCCUGUUAAUGAUGGCUUUGAAGCCCUGCAAGGGGUCAUUGAUUCGAUCCUGAAGAGAUCCUGUAUAGAAAUCCUCGCCGUGGAGCCCUCAAGUAUUUGUGCAGGAGAAUCUUUUGAGGUGGUAGUUCGAGGGAACGGAUUCCUUCACGCCCGUGAUGUGAACAGAAUCCUUUGCAGUUUCCGUAUCAACAACACCCUCACCGUGAUAUAUUACACCACACAUUUUUUAGUGGAACCCCAUCCAGAAGGGUUUGAGUGUGGCACGAGGAAGAUUAUUCAACAUUUAUUUCCUUUAGACCAUAAAUCUCCCCCGGAUCUGUUUCUCUGCUCUGUCCAUCAGACCGACGGAACGUUCUUGGCCAUAGCGCUGCUGAUACUGCUGCUGCUGAUCACUAUGGCGACACUCUGGUGGUUUUGGCCCUUCUGCUGCACAGUGAUUGUCCAUGAGCCACCGCCACCAGUCAUGGACGACAGUUCGGAUGAAGAGGAUGAAGCCUACCCAAAGAAGAAAUGGCCGACAGUGGACGCCUCGUAUUAUGGUGGGAGAGGAGUUGGCGGCAUCAAAAGAAUGGAAGUGCGCUGGGGAGAUAAGGGAUCCACUGAAGAAGGAGCCAAACUGGAGAAGGCAAAGAAUGCUCGGGUGAAGAUGUCAGAGCAAGAGUUUGAGUUUCCGACCAGUGGGACCCUAAACAAUGGCAUGCGGAAACCCAUCUCUCCUCAGAAGUGGUACUCGCCAAUCAAGGGGAAACUGGAUGCCCUGUGGGUGUGGCUUAGGAGAGGAUAUGACCGUGUAUCGGUGAUGAGACCUCAGCCGGGAGAGAAGGGUCGCUGCAUGAAAUUUACCCGUGUGAAAUCCUGCCCACCGCCUCGGUACCCGCUUUACAACAACCCGUCGAGCCACAUCUACAGCCUCCCCCACAGCAGAUGCCCUCCUGUCCCGCAGGGCACCCUGCCGCCCACCCCGCGCUGCUCCGCCCACUCUCCAACCUCCACCCCGCCCCCAACAUCCAUAACCCCUCCCCCUUACACACCACCUCCAGCCAGAGCUCUUCCUCCUACCUGUCUGAACAUCAAUGUGACUCUGCCUCCUCCUCCACCCACACCGCCGCCAGCAACAAGCUUCCUACCGCCCUCGUCACCCAGCACCUUGCCUCCGCCCCCUCAGGCGGCUCCGCCCGGACGAGCCCCGCCCCCUUCUCGUCCACCGCCUCGCCCAGGCCCUGAUGAACCACAGUGCUACCAGGAUUGAGUAGAUCCAAGUAAUUUGCACAAGAAAAACUGCUGGAUACGCAGUUACAAAAAUUAAGCACUAAACUUUUCAAGCAUUAGAAAAGAGCAACGUGAUUGUUAUAAAUGACAAUGGUUGCAAAUGGGAUUUAACGUGGCAGUGACUGUAUUAUUGCAUACUGGAUUCUGAUUAGGUUGACAAACAUUCUAAGGCGUUAAUUUUCUAAAACUGCACAUCUAUGAAGUAGCUCGAGGUUUGUUGACUUUCAAUAUCACCUUGCCUUGUUCUUUAUUAAUUGUUUUGAGGUUUCAAAUGAACAGAACGUCAAAGAGAGUCAGAUGAAAAAAAUCAAAGAGAUAAUAAAUUAUAAGCAUUUGGAGUUUUUAAAAUGAAAAAUGUAUUUGAUUUGCAUAGAAAAUUUCCAUCCAUUUGGAUUACACAGUUCACAUGAACAAACAAAUAAACAAUGCGAUGCAUAUUCGUCAGUCACUCAAAAACAGGUAGGAUUUUUGCAAUAGUACUAAUAAACUGAAUGAGUUUACACAAUAGCCAGGUUUAUAUAUUUAUCAUCAAUAAAUCAAUCUCACACAUUUUAAUUAUUCGAAUAUUGCUUGUUGCACAGCUAGCUGUAUUUCAACCAUUCUUAAGUGAAUGAACUGAACUGUUUUAUGCCGAUUCUAAACAAAUUUAAUAAAUGCAUUCUGAAUUA